UCUCGCUAAUUGGGACCGCACCGGUGCAUCGGAUUUCUCACCUGGCGAUGGCGGUCCUCCAGAUUGGAAUUCUCUUCCUCGUCGGAUGGACCCAGAGAGCCGUCUCGGAAUUGCCCGCCGGUGUCACUUCCUGUCCAAGAUCCACGGACGCCAAGCAGUAUGACAGGUGCAUCGUGAAGCAGCUAGAGGCCAUCACUCCGUACCUGGCGAAGGGAAUUCCAUUGUUGAAGUUGCCAGCCCUGGAUCCACUUUAUCUUCCCUCGCUGGGGGUCGACAGGAACCUGGAAGCCUUGAAGCUGAAGGCCAACAUGAGCCAAAUCCGCGUCCACGGCGGCACCAACUUCUUCGUCGACGAGCUGCACGCCGACCCUAAAGAGCUCACCGUGGCUCUGAAGGUGCAAUUGCCCCACGUCCACGUGACAGGGAAUUACGACGUGCAGGGAAAAAUCCUCCUCCUCCCCCUGAACGGUCAGGGAAGCUUCAGGGGGAAUUUCACCAACACGCAAGCUCUGGUGAACGCGAGAGGUAAGGAGGUGACGGAUGCACAAGGUGUGAAGAGGAUCGAGGUUGACAAACUCGCGACCAAAAUUCGAGUCGGCGAUGGCAGCAUCAAAUUGAAGGCUCCACCGUCUCACACGAUCGCAGCCGACGCGGCCGCCACGUUUUUCAACUCAAACCCCAGGAUCGUCCUGGAUAUCGCGAGUCCCAUCAUCGAGGACACUGCUGCCACUGUCAGCAGAGCCUUGGCAGCCAGGGCACUCAGUGUCCUUACUAAGGACGAGCUGCUCCCCUAGUUUCAAGUUUCCC